AACCCUAAAUUUUCUAACCCUCAUUCUAUCAUUCAUGAUAAAAUCACAGUACCAUUCAUGUCUCCUGUUCUAAGCGAAAUCCUCCGAUCAGGGUUUAUGAUAAAUUCCUCCCUCCGUCGUCGAACCCAUCUCGUUCAAUCUUUCUCAGUCGUCUUCCUUUACUGGUUCUACGUUUUCUCAUGAACAUUCUCUUUAAAUCUUUAACUAACAAUAUCAUUACAUAACACUAUCUAUUAUAUUUCUUAAUCUAAUUUCGUUUUAAUGGCAUCUGGGAACUCGUCUGGAUCUUUUCCAAAUCCUAUAACGGAGGAGAAAAAGAGGAAAAGAAUGCAAUCGAAUCGUGAAUCGGCUAGACGAUCAAGAAUGAGGAAACAAAAACAUUUGGAUGAAAUGAUGAUGAAAGUUAAUCAGAUGAGAAGAGAUAAUAAUCAGAUCUUGAAUCGGAUCAGUUUCAUGACUCAACAUUUUCUUAGAGUGGAAUCGGAUAAUUCGAUUCUUCGAGCUCAGAUAUCUGAGUUGACUCAUCAGCUUAACUCGUUGAACAGUAUUAUCGGAGCUGCUGCCGGAGUUGUUGUCGGAGAUAAUGGAUUUUUGAAUGUGGAUUCAUGGAGUAAUAUGGGUAUGAUGUGUUUUAAUCAGCCUAUUAUGGCGUCUCCCGAUCUAUUUUAUUGAUGUUUCCGAAAUUUAGCACGAACUCAUAAUCAUAACUUCGUGUUUAAAUAUUUAAAUGGGAAUUAUUAGUUAAUUGAUAUAUUUGGUAUAACACUAAUGAGAGGUUGUGAUUUGUUAGUGUGGGACAUGAUUUCUUUUGUGUGUGAUUGAACAAUGUAAAAUUGGAUACCUUAUUGGUAUGAUUGUUAAUGCAUGCUUGUUUUUGUC